AUGGGAUCGUCGUCCUCGACUUUCCCGGUUAUCUGUUUUCUUCAUUCUGUCGUCGCAAUCACCAGCGGGACUCUUAUGAUGUUCUAUAUGAAGGAGAUUUACACGAUUGGCCAUGGGAUCGAAACCGCCACUAAGUUAAUGGGCUCAACACCACACGAUCAGCUCCUGAUUCGUACUUCCGAUUCGUUUUCCGGAUUGCUCCUCUUCGCAAUCGGUUUCCUUCUUUUCAUGGUUGCGUUUGUCAAGGACAGGGAAUUUCAAGGCUUUUUCGCCAAGGGGUGUACGGUGCUUCAUGUCUCAAUGGCGAUGUGGAGAUUCUACUUCGAGCGGAGGGUGGAGGAUCUGGCUUGGGAUUGGCUAAGGCAGAUUGUUGGUGACAUUCUUCUUGCUCUAUCUUGGGUCUUCUUUCUUGUUUAUUCCUGGAGAGAAAAAUAUGAUUAGUUUCCCCAAGUAAAUCGUCGAGUCUUUUGCUUUUGAUUCCAAGUUACAAAUUGCAUUGAGAUUUUUCUGGGUUUGGGUAUCUCUGUUUAAAAUUGGGGAAAGAAAGCUACUGAUUCAAACAUUCAUAUCGCAGAAAGGGGACAAUCCAUCCCACUUUCCCUUGUGUGUAUGUCUUUUCUAAUUUUUCAUUUCUUGUCGAUUGAACAACGUUUUUCAACUUUAAAAACCACAAUCCUUUCUGUAAAUAUUAUGUGAUUAUUAAUAAGUCAAAUGAAAUAUAUGUCACUUAAUGCUU